GGACUUGGCUGCCAACCGGGCUCCGCUCCCGGCUCUGGGCAGCAGGCCCGGACCCCGCAGCUGCAGGUCUUUCGCUCCGAGACUUCUCCGGAGCUCUCAGCUGCCCUGGACCGGGCUUUGGAGGAGGAGGCUGGGAGGCCUGGAGGCCCAGGACCCUGAGGCCACGCUAAGGCCCGACCGAAGGAUUGUUUCUCCUACCCGACAAGCAGCUUCCUGAUCCCCUACCUCGUCAUGCUGGCUGUGGAGGGGAUGCCGCUCCUGUACCUGGAGCUGGCGGUGGGGCAGCGCAUGCGGCAGGGCAGCUUCGGCGCCUGGAAGACCAUCAGCCCCUAUCUCGGAGGGCUCGGCGUGGCCAGCGUGGUGGUGUCCUUCUUCCUGUCCCUGUACUACAACAUCAUCAAUGCCUGGGGCUUCUGGUACCUCUUCAACUCCUUCCAGGACCCCCUGCCAUGGUCCGUCUGCCCCCUGAAUGCAAACCGCACCGGCUAUGAGGAGGAGUGUGAGAAGGCGUCCUCCACACAGUACUUCUGGUACCGGAAGACCCUCAACAUCGCGCCAUCGAUCCAGGACAGUGGGGCCGUGCAGUGGGAAAUGGCGCUGUGCCUCGUCCUGGCCUGGCUGAUGGUGUACCUGUGCAUCCUGCGGGGCACCGAGUCCACGGGCAAGGUGGUAUAUUUCACAGCACUGCUGCCCUACUGUGUGCUUGUCAUCUACCUGGUCAGAGGCCUCACCCUCCACGGAGCCACCAAUGGCCUGGUGUACAUGUUCACUCCCAAGGUGGAACAGCUGGCCAAACCCAGGGCCUGGAUAGAUGCAGCCACACAGAUCUUCUUCUCUCUCGGCCUGGGCUUCGGCAGCCUGAUCGCUUUUGCCAGCUACAACGAGCCCUCCAACAACUGCCAGAAGCACACCAUCAUCGUGUCCCUCAUCAACAGUGCCACCUCCAUCUUCGCCAGCGUGGUCACCUUCUCCAUCUAUGGCUUCAAGGCCACCUUCAACUACGAACACUGCUUAGAUAGGGUGAUUCUGCUGCUGACCAAUUCUUUUGACCUGGAAGAUGGCUUUUUGACAGCCAGCAACCUGGAGCAGGUGAAGGGCUACCUGGCUUCCACCUACCCAAGCAAGUACAGCGAGGUCUUCCCACUCCUGAAGAACUGCAGCCUGGAGUUGGAGCUGGACACGGCGGUCCAGGGCACAGGCCUGGCCUUCAUUGUCUACACGGAGGCCAUUAAGAACAUGGAGGUGUCCCAGCUGUGGUCGGUGCUCUACUUCUUCAUGCUGCUGAUGCUGGGCAUAGGGAGCAUGCUGGGCAACACGGCAGGCAUCCUCACGCCCCUGACCGACAGCAAGGCCAUCUCUAGCCUCCUGCCCAAGGAGGCCAUCUCAGGUCUGGUGUGCCUCAUCAACUGCGCCAUCGGCUUACUGUUCACCAUGGAGGCCGGGAGCUACUGGUUUGACAUCUUCAACGACUACGCAGCCACACUGUCCCUGCUGCUCAUCGUGCUGGUGGAGACGGUGGCCGUGUGUUACGUGUAUGGGCUGAGGAGAUUCGGAGCCGAGCUGGAGGCCAUGACCGGCCGCGCCCUGGGCUGCUACUGGAAGGCCAUGUGGGCCUGCGUGAGCCCACUGCUCAUCAUCGGCCUCUUCCUCUUCUACCUGAGCGACUACAUCCUCUCGGGGACGCUGCGGUACCAAGCCUGGGACGCCACUCAGGGCCAGCUGGUGACCAAGGACUACCCCGCCCAAGCCCUGGCUGUCAUCGGGCUGCUCGUGGGCGCCUCCACCACGUGCAUCCCCCUGGUGGCGCUGGGGACCUUCGUCACGCGCCGCCUCAGGACGGGCGGCUUGGCCCCCGUAGCUUGAGAACCGCCCCCCAGAGACGGCUCCCCACCGGAAGCGAGGAGCGCGCAGCCGGAAGUCCUCCUCCCGCCACUUACUGUGCCGGCCAGGAGUGAGAAGGGGAAGAGCGCUCGGAGGACGCGCACAAAUCCCUGGAGGGAGCCUCUCCCCUCCCCGCCGCCCUGGCCAGCCACAGGCUUCCUCCAAAUCGGGCAUCGAGGCUGCUCCUGAGGACUGAGGACGGCGGCUUCCAGACUCUGAAGAGUCCUCACACUGAGGUGACGAUGAUACUUCUGGAUCAAAGUGAGGCAGCCUGGGGUUUUGCCUGAAGAAACGACACAAUAUUGGAGAGUAAUCAGUUUUACUCUAGUUGAAGGAGUUUUGAAGUGCUUGAGGUAGCAGAUUUGAACAUCAUUGGUAUGAAGUUUUUUGUUUGUUGUUUUUUUUUUUUUUUUGGUCUUAGUGAAUAUACAAUUUCUAGGUUCCCCUCCACCCUUUCAGUGCUAACACGACUGAUGUGGCCAUGGAGUGAGACCUUUGUUGGGGAUGCACAGGAGUGAACUUUCUCUCAUCUAGGGUCUCUCCUAGUGCCCAGGAACACUUCUGUUUACAAAAUUACCCCAGCUACUGCACCCAACCCCCAACUGCAAGAUUCUUCACAGCCACCCAUCUGUGGUGUCUUAAAGCCCAGAAAAGGUUGCCAGUGAUCAGCCUUUCUUAGACUUACCAUGGCACUUGGACAUUGUGGCCAACUCUCAAAGACCCCAGACAUCACUUACCAUCAGCCUAUGUUAUUUAUCUGUACAUAAGAAAUUUUUCUAAUGUAUAUAAUAUAAACAGAGCAUCUUAUAACUGAAGACACGCCAUAUUUAUGACUAUAGCAUUAGUCUACCAUGUGAAUGUCUUCCUUUUUUCUCUUUUACUGCAAUAAGUACGUCAAUGUUACCCUAAAGUGAGAGGGCCUUUCCAACUCCAACAUGCCCUGCUUUGUUGAGA